AUGGGAGAGCAGAGGGGUGGUGGUGGUGGGGGGUGGGGGUCUCCGCAGCUACUGCCAUAUAAAAUGCCAAGCCACAAACUCACCACACACACACACGCACACACACACAUCCACACACACUCACAGUGGCUGCUCUGUAUCUCUGACGCUCACCCACUCUCAUUAUUCUCUCUCUCUCCCUCCCUCUGUCUCUCACUCCAUUCCUCUGGGCUCUGCAUACUUCUUGCUUCUUCUCACAAGUCACAUUGUGUUUGUAAGUAUGCUCUGAAUGUCUCCCUGCUUGGCUUUCCUUAAGUCUUUCCUGUACGUUUGAGUGACUGUUACCUACUUGAGUGUGACUGAGUGGAGCAGUGAGCUGUAUUAAGUGUAUGUGGGUCUCUGUCUCGCCCUCACACACUCGCCGCUCCUCUUGCAACCCUUCCUGGGAUCCUUUGGUCCCUUUCCUCGGUGACAGGCUCCCCACACCAAACAGUCACCAUUUCUGCCCACGGGAGACCCACGCUGGCAGCACAGCCCCUUCCCCGACUCAGCAUCGGGAGGAAGACCCUGGUGGCGGCUGCUGUGGGGGUUAUGCUGGUCCUGGUGCUGGUGGUGCUCAUCCCCGUACUCGUCAGCUCCGUGGGCACUGAUGCCAGCCACUACGAGAUGCUGGGCACCUGUCGGAUGGUGUGCGACCCCUACCUGAACAAGGGCACUCCGGCCAGCAGCACAAGCUCCACCGGUCUGCAGGCUGAAGCUGAGGCAUUGACUGACCACAGCAACGUUCUUCCACCUUCCACCUUACUUCAGGGUCCACAAGGGAAACCAGGCAGGACAGGAAAGCCCGGACCACCUGGACCACCGGGUCCACCUGGAGAACCAGGACCACCAGGACCAGCUGGGCCUCCAGGUGACAGAGGCGAUCAUGGGAGGACUGGGAUUUUGGGUUUGGAGGGUAACGGAGCUAUCAGCACAGCCACCUACAACACGGUGCCACGGGUGGCCUUCUAUGCCGGGCUUAAGAACCCUCAUGAAGGCUAUGAGAUCCUAAAAUUUGAUGACGUGGUCACCAACAUUGGCAACAACUAUGAUGGCAUUUCAGGCAAGUUCAUCUGCAGCAUCCCGGGUACAUACUUCUUCAUCUACCAUGUGCUGAUGAGAGGAGGGGACGGCACCAGCAUGUGGGCAGAUCUCUGCAAGAAUGGACAGGUUCGAGCCAGUGCCAUCGCUCAAGAUGCUGACCAGAACUACGACUACGCCUCCAACAGCGUCAUCCUACAUCUAGAUGCGGGUGAUGAUGUUUACAUCAAGUUAGAUGGAGGAAAAGCUCACGGCGGCAACAACAACAAGUACAGCACCUUCUCUGGCUUCAUUCUCUAUGCAGACUGAGAACAGACAGACUGUCAGACCGGAGGAGACUCUGAGUUUCAAGACGAGGAUGGAGGAUUUGUGUGUGCUCGAAACCAGAACGCUUUCUAGUUUUCCUAGUUCCCUCCAUCACCACCGUCACCUCUGCUUCAUCUCCAUCAGCCAAGACAUCCAGGCUCUGCAAGCCAAGCCUGGAUGCAAAGCUCCCCCGAGGACGCGCUGAGACUGGCUAGCAGGUGGCGUGGGAGGAGUGGGAUGUAAGAUGGGCUGGUUUUCUGCACUCCUUGCCACAUUACCAACGUGUCAGAAGCUCCUCGCUUUCGGUGACUCUCCUUUUUAGCCCUGCUCCAACGCACAGCAGUAUCAACAAAAAUGACAACCCUGCAAAAGUGGAUGAUUUCACCUCUUUACUCCAGCGUGGCAAGCGGUCAGCCCCACGUUCUGACUGGACUGACCGGAACUUGUAGUGUCGUUCCGUACAAUUUACCUAGAUUGUGUUUUAUUUUGUAGACGUGUAUAUUAUUCUAUACAAAAGAGAUUUAGGGGAAAAAUCACUAUAUUUGUCCCAUUGUGAAGAAAUCUUGUUUGAAUGAGAGGUGUUACUUGUGAUGCGUUCAAGAGCUCUAACAGCUGGAAAGGGAUUAUUUAAAUUUCAGUACUCUAUUGCAGUGAGUGUUUUCCUCAUCAUUGGGUAACUUCUGUAUAUAUUAUUUACGUGGAGAUAUUCUGCACUUCUAAUAUAUAUAAUAAAAAGGAAACAUCUCGUAUUGACAAUGCCCCUCCUCUGGAAACCGCCUCACACUCUUUCUUACUGUCACACAGGUCCUGCUGCUCUUCGGAUUAAAGUCAAGUUUAAAUAAUCUUUUCAUCGCUGUAGCUUUGUGUAAAUGCUCCACUUGGCACAGCCAGCCAUGUGAAGAGGUAAAUCUGGAGAUUCGGAGAUCGAGUUGUGCUGAUCCUUUUUUCUCUGCUGUGACCCUCUCCAAGCUUUCUUAUGUGUGAAAAAAGCAGAGAAAGAGUCCGGCUUCUGAUGCAGAGAGCGAGGGGGAGAAACACACACACACACACACACACACACACACACACACACACACACACACACACAGAAAAGAGGCAGAAGCCUGCGAAAUGAGGAGGUAAAAAAAAACAUUCAAGCAGAGUGUUCUCAGUGAGUGGGCAAUUUUUCUGUUUCAGUGUCUCCGCUGGAUGUCAUCCAUUCAUUAUCUGCAUAUUCACGACACACAGGCAUUAUGGUAAGAUUUAGUCCGCGCAGCGCCCAGACAGCGUGCUGGAGAAUGAACCUGAUUGGCUGUGUGAUUCGGCGUGUAAUGACUGGACGUUUGAGAGUGUGUCUCUCGGUUUACGUGCACAUCAGCGAGCGUAUGCAUUUUAGCAUGUGUCGUGCCACGACGACGUCCUUUAUUUUUCCAGACUUGCAGCGUUCUGUGCUACAGCCACUGAUGGAUCUCGAACCCAGCAGCCAAUAAGAUUGUGCUCAUUAAAGGUGGAGCCAUGGCACAAAGAGAAGAACAAACAGCUUAUAAUUGAAUACUAUGACUUGUUUAUCUUAUCUUUUGGAACUGUUGAAUGAAUUCAAAUAAUAAACUGAUUUUUUUUUUCUUUUUGA